AUGCCACGCACAUCGUCUCCGCUCAACCCCCAGCGGUCGUCAUCGCCCACCCCGCUCCUGUCGUCCCCGACACCCGGCGCGACUCCGCAGCUACACUUUGGCGCGUCUUCGUAUGCUGCCCAGCGCGCCUUGCCUCCUCCACCGCGCACCCAGCGCCGCGCCGGCUCCCUCACCACCCCGACCUCGCACGCAUCGAGCAGUACGGCCACUGCCCGCCCCCUGUCGGCGCGGUACGCUCGCACGACGCCGGCCUCAUCCCUGUCGGCGCGGCGGCCCAGCGGCCGCCUCUCGCUCGCCCUCCCGCCGCCGCCCGCGCCGCUGGACCUCUUUGGUGCCGGCCCGACACCGACAGAGGGCGCAAUGUGGCGCGACCGCUUGCAGCGCCGCAUGGCCGACCGCGAGCGCCGGAAACGCGCGCGCGACGGCGCCAUCGCCAGGCGGAGGGGCACGGACGUGGCGCUGAUGUCGGACGGGAUGGACGAGGACGAGGACGAGGCAGACCGCCAGGCGCAGGCUGAUGACGAGGAGUUCUUCCGCCGCCUGAUGGUCGUCCAGCGCAGGAGGGAACAGCACGCCCAGCUCGUCUCGUACGAAGUGUCCACCGGCGGCUCGGACCCGCUCCUGCCCGACUUUUGGGAGGAGGAGCUCGACAACCUUGCGCGCGAGGAACGCGCCUUGAUCAGCCACCUCGACGCGACGGAGACGGCGUCCAACCACUCGCACGUCUCCACCGACCCCAUGGAGGUGCACAACGAAGAGCUCGAGCAGUGGGCGCGAGACGCGGCGGCGGCCGAGGCUGAGGAGGCCGAGAUGGCCGUCAUGGUCGAGAUGGAGAUGGCGCGCUAUGCGCCAGCAGGAGGCGGCAGCGGGGGGUAUGAUGCCGGGAUGGAGGAGUUUACCGCCGACGAGUGGGCCGCGAUCACGGCCAUGGACGAGGACGAGGCGAUGGAUGUCGAGUAG